UCCUUAUUAUGAAAGGUUGGCAGCAGCAACUUCCGGUAAGUCGUGCCUACUUGACUAUCGGUUGAAAGCCGCAACAUCGCCGCCUCCCGCUCACCUUGCCUGCCGCCGCCUCUGCCUGAGACUCGUUGUAAGGAGAAGAGGCGUUAUUACAUCAAUGACAACACAUUUGACGACUUGUCCUUAUUGUGGCUCGUUCGUGUCCAUUUUGCGCUAAGCAGCAGCAGCAGGAGGAGGAGGAGGAGGAGGAGGAGGUGCCAAGCUAGCCGCCGCUUGGUGCAGUCCGCCGGACGGACGGGCGCGCUUAACACCGCAAUGGUGCGUUUCUCUCUUGCCUUGUGACACCACCGAGGACGACUCGGCUUCUGUUCUGGUCUGCCGGUUUAUUUACGUUGCGAGAUUGACGGUGAUUCGCAAUGCAGCACGUCGGCGGGUGCUUAUCAGCAGGUGGAUGGCCAAGCUGACGCAAAGCCUCUGUAAUACCGACCAUCCAGAAGCACCAGCGGACCUUUUUCAAGCCCAAUCAUGCUUCCAGGUGUCGGCGUGUUCGGCACCAGCCUGACCGCCAGGGUGAUCAUCCCCCUGUUGAAGAAUGAGGGAUUCGCCGUCAAAGCGCUUUGGGGCCGCACGCAGGAGGAGGCGGAGGAGCUCGCCAAGGAGAUGGACGUCCCGUUUUACACCAACCGGAUCGACGACGUGCUGCUGCACCAGGACGUGGAUCUGGUUUGCAUCAACCUGCCUCCGCCUCUGACGCGGCAGAUCGCCGUCAAAACCCUGGGUAUAGGAAAGAACGUGAUUUGUGACAGGACAGCAACGCCUUUGGAUGCCUUCCGAAUGAUGUCUGCAGCCCAGUACUACCCCAAGUUGCUGAGCAUCAUGGGAAAUGUCCUACGCUUCUUGCCAGCUUUUGUUCGAAUGAAAGAGCUGUUGGAGGAAGGCUACAUUGGGGAGCUUCUGGUUUGCGAGGCGCAGGUCCACAGUGGCAGUCUACUAGGGAAGAAAUACAACUGGAGCUGUGACGAUCUAAUGGGAGGUGGGGGCCUGCACUCAGUAGGCAGUUACAUCAUCGACCUGCUAACGUUCCUGACGGGCCAACGAGCGGCAAAGGUUCACGGCUUCCUUAAGACCUUCGUCAAACAGACGGACCACAUCCGAGGCAUCCGGCAGAUCACCAGCGACGACUUCUGCACAUUCCAGAUGGUGCUGGAAGGAGGGGCCUGCUGCACCGUCACACUCAACUUCAAUGUCCCCGGUGAAUUUCGACAAGAAGUGAUCAUCGUAGGAACAGUUGGGAGGUUAUCGGUCAUGGGGACGGACUUGUACGGACAGAAGAACAAUGGGGGUGGAGGCCCAGAACGUCUUCUCAAAGACACUACACCUCUUGAAAAGGCUUCGUUACCAGAGAAAGCCUUCAGUGACAUCCCUUCUCCAUAUCUCACCGGAAUGAUCCGAAUGAUCCAGGCCGUUCGGCAGGCCUUUCAGGAGCAGGACGAUCGGCGGACGUGGGACGGGAGGCCUUUGACGAUGGCGGCCACCUUUGAGGAUUGUCUCUAUGCUCUCUGUGUGGUGGAUACCAUCAAGAAAUCCAACCAGUGUGGAGAUUGGCAGAACAUUGUGGUUAUGACAGAAGAGCCAGAGGUCAGCCCGGCUUAUUUGAUCAGCGAGGCUAUGCGGCGCAGUCGGAUGUCACUCUACUGUUAGGAUCCAGCCACUUGCCUUAAAUUCGGGGCAAAGGCUCGAGCUGAAGUUUUUGAUGCACUGCUAUCCCUAUCUGUCGUUAAUGACCUCAAUAGUAUGUUUGGUGCUGUCAAAUCUGUAUUGUUGCUGUCACUGGCUGGAUCAAUCCCAGUGCUAAAAGGUGUUUCUGCCUCAGCAGGAGAAGAAAAACAUCCAUCCAUCCAUCCAUUUUCUGAGCCGCUUCUCCUCACUAGGGUCGCGGGCGUGCUGGAGCCUAUCCCAGCUGUCAUCGGGCAGGAGGCGGGGUACACCCUGAACUGGUUGCCAGCCAAUCGCAGGGAAGAAAAACAAUUCAUUAGUAAUCAAAAAUCUUUAUUGAUAAGAAAACCUUUCUUUUUCCUUUCUGAAAGCAUGACCUUGUCCAGAUCAAAGUACAACUGUGUUGUCCAUUACCAAAGGGGUAUUGCGCCUCUCACCUCCCUAAGACAACACAACGCACUCUUGAGUUUGAGUGAGACCACCCAAGGGAGGACAAAAGUCCUUACAGCGAUGAGUGUCGUACUGCUCUAAUGUUGCUAUAAUACCAUGUACUUUACAGGUUUGCCAAGUGAAUGUUUAAAUGUUUCUUAAAAAGUGUGCUUCAGGCUACUUUUCUUCUCUUUGUGUGACACAAGAGAGGGAGCAAUCAAUAGUUGGGCUGGUGGGAUUUUAACCUCUGCUUCGAUCAUAUGAUAGAUGUCGUUUGCUGAGUUUUAGGCUGGAUUUACAAUGAGCGUCUCAAUGCCAAAUUCCGAGAUAGUGCCUGCAUCGGAAUUUUAGUUUUAGUGACACAGAUCUCAUAUCACAGUGGCACAGAAGUGAACAAUGAUAAAUAAGAAUACAAAUAUGAAAUAUUACUUACAGUUUACUUGGCCUGGACAGACUCUUCGCCCGCGUUGGUUUAAAUGAAGGUAACCUCUGCAUUACUUUCCUCAUGUAAUGUACCAUUAGACCCUAUUUAAUAGUCUAUGCUUUUCGCUGUAUUUAAGAUUUACAGGAGGUGCUUUUUGAUCUGUUUGACGCUGGUCUGCGUAUGUCACUGAUCAGCGUAUUUCCAUGAGGUCAGGCAUACAUUCAUGGCGUGUAGCCGAUCUCUCCGUUUACACUGCAGUUGGAUUGGCAGAUAUCUGAUACAUAUGUGAUCUUUAUCCACAUUUGGAAAAGACCUCAUUUUUAUCUGGGGAUAUCCGAUUUCAACAGUAUUUGUCUCUUUUUACAACCAAGAAGACGAAAUGUGUCGCUUGGGAGGCAAAAAUCUGAAUUGUGUCACAUGAAUCGUGCAGUUUAAAUCCAGCUUUAAUUUUCCAAUCUCAAUGGUUAAGAUGAAGUUGGGUACCCUGUUUAACUGUAAUCUGUUAAAGGAUCCACCAUAGAACUUUUAUUUACAUUUUGAUGUUUCCGACUGUCAUACAAGAGUAAAAAAAAUAGUAAUUGUCAAAUUAUCCAUAUUUUACUUAGCUGCCAGCACAGACGUGUGGGACAUUUUCGGUUCCAUAGUUGGUGUUACGGAUGAGACCUUGCGAAAACGCUGCGUUUUCUGCAAGAGGCGUAUUUGUUUCUGAAAUUUUGGUUUACAUUUUUAAAACCGUUCCACUUUAGAGGUUCUACUGUAGUUGAAUUGAGCGAUAAGUAUGCUGCAAGAAAAUAUAAUCAUGUCAUUUUUAUGAAGCCCGUUUAACACAUGCAACUUUGCAUGGGCAAAAAUCAAUGGAACACUGUUGCAUUGAGGUACAGUAGCGUAUGGUGCUGUAUGAAGGGUCAGUUGUUAGGUUUAUUGUUAUGUACACUGUUUUCAGCAUUGCUUUCAUCAAAUGUCCAAGGUAUUAAACGCUAUUUUGCUCUGCUGCUUUGUCUUCCGUAGAAGUGUGGCUCGCACAUAAAUGUUUGGGUUUUUUUUUGGGAGUGCUUUAAACAUUGUUUCAUUCGAUUCAUUGGCUUUCAGUCUAGUCUCAGGACUCUUUCCCAUCAACCAGGAUUCCGGACACGACUGCCAGUUUUCCAAUGAAAAAGGCUCCUCUGCAAACCAAAAUGCCCUAGAUUGGAUUAGUUGAUCGUUAAGAAUUGUGUUGAACGUGUUAAAUGUAUUAGCGAUGAAUCGUCUCUUGAAGCAAUGGAGGCAAAAUGCACUACUUGGCUACAACUAACAGAAGCGCCGUUGACAACGCAACAGCUAUGCUAGUUGAGCGCCGUCCAUAUAGACUGGAACUCGCCGAGCAGCAUUAUUCACUAGCAAAGAAACAGGAGUUAAACAAUCCAUUGAUGUUCAUUUUACCCCAUAGUCCUUUAGUGAAAGGGCUGUCACUAACGUAAAUUAAAUUAGAUAAUUAAAAAAAAAUUAUAGAAUAGUCUUAAUAUUGCUUAAUAUUGAGAUUCAGCCUCUAUAAUAACAUCCCAUCUAAUGCUUUUUAUAAACAGACAAUUCUUCUUAGUAAUUCAAUCACGGAUUGGAAGUUGAAGGGAUUUUUUUUUUUUUUACACAUUUCUAAUUCCUCAUAAUUGAGAUGUGAUUUGUAUUUAAAAUUCAGCGAAAUGUCAGCCAAACUAUGAUGCAUCAUCUCUGACCCAGGGUUUUUUUUUUUUUUUUUUUUAAUGCAUCACUUUUCCCCUGUGUGGUUUAACUUUCUUAGAACAACGUUAUGCUAUGUAACAACUACUGAAAAUGUACAUAUGGUUGUAUCAUCAAAGGAACAACAUAUUUGUCUAAAUACGCAGUACUGUAUGUAUUUUGUUUGUAAAAAUUAUAAUAACUGGAACCUUUUUUCAUGAGUAUUGUCAGGUAUUUAUUGUUUGUCUGCUGUUUGCUGCUGAAACGUCAUGGACAGACAUGCAGUGUACAGGACGUGGGACAAUAUAAGCUGAACCAUAUAUUUCCCGUCUAUGAAAUAGAAUGGUUUUAAACACCCUGGUCUGUAAGGCGUUUUUUUUUUUUUUUUUUUUUUUUUUUUUUUUU